AUGUCUGAUACUCUCACCACGAACUCGGUUACUAACCAAAGCCCAACUCAAACAAUACCUAUCCCCGAGGCUGGGUGUACCUUUGCAACUCGUGAUGAAGCUGCUGCGUAUCUUAAAGAACAUGCUCAUCAAAAUUACUACGCUGUCACAACAUUUGACACCAGACCAUCAUUCAUCACACUCAAAUGCUACCUCGGUCCCAAUCGAUACCAGAAGAAGCUUCUGUCUGACGCUAUCAAAGCCCAGUCACCCAAUCUACCCGAAAUUCCGACUUGCCCAUUUGAAGUAACUGCAAGACGUAAUAUAAAGACUCGUUGGUUUGUAAUCGAAAUUGGGAAUCCCGAGCAUGAUCACGAACCUUCCGAGGAGCACAUUCCUAUUGAAGCUCACUCCCGUCAAAGAAAGCCACCUGCCAGUGCUGAGACGUCUUCCAGCACUCAACCUCAUUCUCAACCACCCACCCAUCUCAAUAUGGUGAUUCCAAAUAUCAAAUCACUUUCAAACACUCCAUCAUCUUCUCAAUCAUCCAAUCCUUACAUACAACAUCAAUACACAUCACUAUUUACACGAAUGCAAGCCCUGCCAAAUCACUCUCAGACCUGCCUCCUCGCCCGUUUUAUGUCAGAGCUUCAGCUUGCUGAAGCUCUCACUAACACUACAUCUCAGAUCAUUUCCCAGCAAGUUACUAUCCAUCCUAACAACACUACAUUAAAUGAAAAUCACAAAGCUGAACUUACAUCAACUGAAACACAUGAAGCUGAAGCUGACAUUCAAAAGGAAGAAGUUGAUGACAAAGAAGAUGUUGUUAAUGAAGGAGUUGAUACCAAUCAUCAAAUCCCCACUGAAGACGUACAAUGUUCAAAAGUAAGUUCAUAUUCUUCCAUAUCCUUCUUAAAAACAUUCCGCUCAAAUAAAUAA